CAAACGCGCACCAGUGCGGCCGCGAUGCGCAUCCGCUACACACUUUUGUCGGUCUGCUUGGGAAAUAUACAGCGCUGCGAGUGACUGGAUACGGUUUCAUAAAAUGGAUUCGAUACGUUUUUUUCGCCCGCGUCGUUGAUUCUCCACUUCUUCCUCGUUAACACUUUGAGCUCUUCUCCUGAGCUCCUCGCGCGUCCUAUAUUUUGGGGAGGGUGUCGACUGGCGCGUCGAGUCUGCUGUUCCCAAUCUGGAUGUUUAUUGUUGACUAUUUUUCAACCUCUCGUCCAAAUGACUGAGCUCAGGUGCAGCCGGAGACGUGGCUCCCCUGUCGGGAAGACCUUCGGCUAAAGUUUGACGGGCGCGGGGCUUCAGGCUGUCCGUCUCCCACCGAGCACUGGAUCUGAAAUUACCCACAAAUUGCCACAAACGGCGGAUUUCCUCUCCGACCCCGUCUCCGCGCUCGCUGGGAUUCAUUCGACUUGGAUUUAUAGCCCGCAGCUUCUGGAUUUCGCCCGCAUCUAAAUCAUGAAGCCCGUUAUUAUGGACGGGGGCCGACUCCUGUUUCUGGUAAUGUGGCUGAACCUUGUGCCUCAAACUGACAGCUGUCCUGCCAAGUGUGUGUGCUACAGCGAGCCCAGGCCGACUGUGGCCUGCCAACAGCAAGGACUCUUUUCCAUUCCAACCGAGAUCCCGGUGCGGAGCCAGCGGAUAUUCCUCCAGAGCAACAAGCUAACGGUGGUGAGGUCCACCAGCUUCAGUUCGUGCCACAAUCUCACGGUUCUCUGGCUCUAUUCUAAUAACAUCAGCUACAUUGAGGCCGGAGCUUUUUACGGUUUGGAAAAACUGGAGGAGCUGGACAUUGGAGACAACAGCAACCUCCGCACCAUCAGCCCUACGGCGUUCCGGGGCUUAACCAAGUUGCACACGUUGCACCUGCACAGGUGUGGCCUGUCAGAGCUGCCUGUCGGGGUUUUCCGAGGAAUGUUCUCCCUACAGUACCUUUACCUGCAGGACAAUAACAUUCUAACCCUGCAUGAUGACACUUUUCUGGACCUUGCCAACCUCAGCUAUCUCUACCUACACAAUAACAAGAUCAAGUUAGUUACAGACAACAUGUUUCGAGGGUUAAUCAAGCUUGAUCGGCUACUGCUGCACGAAAACCGGGUGAUCUAUGUCCAGCCCCGGGCCUUCACUGAUCUUGGUAAGGUGACGUCCCUCUUCUUGUUCUUUAACAACCUUACGGUCUUGACAGGAGAGACAAUGGACCCGCUGGUGUCCCUGCAGUAUUUGCGUUUAAAUGGGAACCAGUGGAUCUGUGACUGCCGAGCGAGAACCUUGUGGGACUGGUUCAAACAUUAUAAGGGUGCCAGCUCUGAAUUGGAGUGCAAUGUUCCCGAGUUUCUUGCAGGAAAGGACCUGAAACGUCUGAAAAGCGAAGACUUAGACGGUUGCGUGGAAAUGCCCCAAAUCCAGACCAAUCUGUUCAGCUCAAAAGGACAAAAUGGGAAAUUCCCUUCCACUGAAAAUCCCUUGGGGGACACCAUUCCUAGGUGUUGCCUUGGAGAUAACGACAAGUCCUCCAUCCUUUCUGGCAAGAGCCGUCAAAUCACUAACAACCCACUAAAGGAAAAGGAGAACAUGUCGAAGACUAAAUAUAAGGAGCCAGAACGAACGAAAAACGAAACCCAGAACAAACAGAACGAUGGACCGCUGGGGACCUUGUCCAACACCCUGGACAAGUCGUUGGAAAACUUAAGUCCAGACUUUAUAGACAAUCAGCCAAUGGAAUCAUCUACAGUGUCAAACAAAAAGAAAAAGAAGUGUUCUAAAAAGCCCAAGUCAGACACCCACUGCAUCAAAGGCCGGGGUUCUGAUCUGCAAGUGCUGCGCGUUCUCUUCAUUCCCAUCAUCUGGAUAUCUCUAGCCAUGUCAUAGGACUCCUGCUCUCACCCUGAAUACAGGACUCAAGAUUGUUGAUGCUCAUGACAAUGAUACCGAAGAUGCGGUGACAUCUACAACGAACAGUGACUGAAGAGCGACGAGUCACGUUGUCCCCAUGUGGGUGAGAACAAACCACAGAGAAGACGUUAGAGCACAUUUAACAAAAUGGAUGCCUUUACAGAACAAUACAGACCUAAUGUAAAUAAUGAAUUGGUGCCCAAAAUUGUUUGUUCUCUAUGUACUUAACUGUACUGUGUCUAAGCUACACUUCGGAGACUCCUCCCUUUUUCCCUCUCAAAAGCUUUUACAGCUUAGACUGACCACAGGAAGACUAAGAGAAAAAGAAAGACAAAAAAAAAACAAAUACAGGGAAUCAAAGACGAGCGCACACAAAGAAUGUUGGGUCCGUUUAUUGAAGAUAAACAAUCUCCCCCAUAAUUUAUUCAAAGUGAUGCAUUUGUUGGGUAAUGUUAUGUUUUUUAUGUUUCUAAAAUGUUCUCCCCUCCUUUUAGUUCUAUUUUCAUGAAAGAAGGUAUGUGGGUAGCAUUUAUGAAAAGAAUGCUCACGAUUUGUUUAUGGAGAUUGCAAUGGUACCAUAGAUAUGCAUUUUAUUUUACUUGUGUAAAAGUAUGAAUAUAUUAUGAAUAAAAGUUCUUAUUUCGUA